AUGUGCGUCGACGGCAGGAAGCUGAAGCCAGUAACGAAGAAGGAUGCUUCUCCACCACCCCAUGUAAACAAUUUGUUAGACCUUGACGCCCAGACAAAUCAUUCCUCGUGUCACAUUGCCUCAUCAAACGAGUUUAGUGUAAACGGAACCCGACGAUGGUGGUGUUGGUGUCGGUGCCUGCGAGAGAGCAAUCAUAUAAAAUUCAUCUUCUUCUUCGAUGAUGCCGCCUCAGCUGAACACCUGUCUCGUACUCCUUUUCUUCGCCUUCAGUGUCUCGAUCCCCUCAAUGUCUACGAUAAUCAUGGUGACCUGAACGACUACCUACGCACCGGAGGAAACACCUGCCAGACCGACGUCACCGGUCUCGGCGGCAUCUACGCUGUCCACACUCAUCACGGCGAUGAUUAA